AUGGCUAGAAGACUGACAAGAAGACAAACUGCUAACCCUGUGUCGUAUAGGGAAUCCAGUGAUUCUGAAGCUGAGGAGGAUUUUGAGCACGAAGAAGAAGAAGAUUACAGGGCCAGUGUCACGCCUAGAUCUACGAAAAGAAAAUCAGCCACCAAGAGUAGUUCUGCAUCAAAGAAACGUAAAAAGUCUACUACUGCUAAAGGAUCUAAAAAGUCUUUGAAGCAAUUAGAAGAAGAGUUGGAGGAAAACUAUUUGUAUAAAGCGUUAUCUAGCAACGAGGCAAACAUCCAAGAUAUUGCUCUUGAUUGGAUUGAAGAAUAUGAAGAAGAUCAAUUGGAAGAUAAAUAUGAGUCCAUUACAGGUUUAAUCAACUUUAUUUUGAGAUGUUGUGGAUCGUUGCAUUUGUUCCAACCCCAUGAUUUGAGCAAUUUAGAAUCAUGUGCUGAUACUGUGGAUGAAAUUGGUAUUGCCUUUGGCGAGCAAUCAUCUCACAAGUAUCCAUUUAAAGCAGUACCAGUUUUCAAGAAAAAUGCAUUGCAACUUUUCAAGGAGAUUAUUGACCUCGCCCAUGAAAAGGGUUUGUUGUACAAGUAUGACAAUGAUCAAGAAAAAGAGGAUGAAGAAGAUUCUUUGGCAUCUCCUUUGAUGUCAUAUAUCUUGACAUGGGUAACCUCGUUGUCAAGCAGCCCAAUCAGACCAUUACGGUACACUUCCACUGAAAUACUAUUUGCCAUUCAGUUUCAAUUAUGUAAGAUUAUAAAAUCGGUCGAGAGUAGUCUAGAGAGGUCACAGCGUCAGUUGUCCAAGAUCAAAAAAUCAAACAAAUCAAAAUACAACACCAUAAGCAAAACAAUAGAAAGCUGUCAACUUCAAAAACGUACAAUUUUGGAAUAUUUUAAUGACACUGGAAACAUUGUUAUUGACAGAAGGUAUAGAGACAUUGAUCCACAAAUACGUUUGGCGUGUUUGAAGAAUUUAUGUGAAUUUAUCUUGAUAUAUCCCGAUUUUUUUUGUCAAGGUAUAUAUUUGAGAUACUUUGGGUGGUUGUUAUCGGAUCCAAUUGCCCAAGUUAGAAUUGAAAACACCAGAAGCUUAUUAAAGUUAUACCGUUCUAUUUCACCCGCUGAUUUGACCUUGGGUCUUCGUCAAUUUUCUGAAAAAUAUAAAUUGCAAAUUAUUAAGAUGAGUCAAAUUGAUACUGAUACCCAAGUAAGGUUGAAUAUCAUAGGAAUCUGUUGUGAAUUGUUGAGAUUAGGGUUUUUAGAAGAGGGUGAUACAAGACAGGUUGUUAAGAACUUCCCCUUUUCUGGCCCUUCAAAGUUACAAAUCGAAGGAGCGAAAUUUAUUACAAUCUUAAAUGAAGAAAAUUUAAGUGGAAUAAACGACAAGUACAAAUUGCUUCUCGAAACUUACAAGCCAAGUCAAUUUGAAGCAGAGUUACCGGUCUGUCUCGAAAUCAGAAGCUUGAUAAGUAUAUUAAAACCCGUGGCCGACAAAUCUUUACAUUUAGUGUUUCAAAAUAUGAGUUCCCGUUACGAGAGUAGUUGGGAAAUAUUGGUAAAAUAUUUUUUACUGGAUAUUUCUCUGAUGAAGUUUACCAAGAGAGAAGAAGAGGAAGAAGAGUUUGUUGAAGGUGAGGAAAUUGAAGAGUUUAAACAGUUUAUUGACUUGAACUCUGACGACAGAUUGAUUUUGCUCAAAUUUGUUGAAGGGUUUGUUGAGUAUAUUUAUACUAAAAAGAACGCAGAAGAAGUGGAAAGCCAAUUGGUACGGUUGACCGAGUAUUUGCUGCAAAUUCAGAAUGUAUGUGUCAGAUCGUCAAAAAUGUUUCCCGUAUUUUUGAUCACUUGGACAACCUUGUUAAAGAGCCAUCAAUCAGUGUACAGUAUAUCCAACAAAUUGGAUAAAUUAGAUCAAUAUGAUGAAAUAAGUUCGGAAAUUAUCAAGUAUUUUAAAGAGUUUGACACCAUAGAUGAGUUUUCUUCCUAUUUUACUGCUUUAUUUGAUUCUCACGGAUUGACAACCAAUAUAAAAUUAAGUAUUCAAACUGUACUUGAAGAACUUAGCGAAGAAGUUGUCAAGACUAUCGGUGAUCAACAGCCAGAGGAUGAUGAUGUCGAUUCUACAAAUAUUGAAUUAUUGGAGCAAACAAAGCUAAUCAAGACUGUUGAAGUGGUAUCGCCAAUUCUACAAAAGAUAAAACAAAUGGGUGACUUUGUGAACAUUGCCAACUUGUCCAAUAUGGCAGAUUUGUUAUCCUCUUUGGUGAAUCGAGUAUUACGGAAACUUGAUCUAGCGUUGAUUAUGGCGCAAUGGAAGCACAACUUUGUGGAGCAGCUACCACAAUUUUUGCGUGCAUUAACAUGCUUAUAUGAUUUGACUCUAGUGGUGAUAUCAUGGAAGUUUGAGAAAUUGGUUGAAAUCGAAAAGGAUGAACAGCAUCAUUAUGCUAUGGAUUUGGAAUUUGAUGAGAUUGUUAAUUUAGUCAAUCAAACCAUCCGAUUAAUUUAUGAAUGUACCAAUAGUGUGCAGUUUCUUGACUUGAAGACUCUAUUGGUAUCAAGAUACAUUGACUUUGUAUUAUCGUUCAAAGUGUUUUAUGUUAGAUUCCAAGCAGACAACGGUUUUGACAAUUUCCAGGAAUUCUUUAAUAAUAACAUGCAACUAUUGCUUAUUAAAAAGGACAUGCAGUUUCAACUAUUAGAAUUGUUCUUGAUAAAGGAAGUAAGGCUUGGUCAUUUGUUGAAUGUGGAAUUGGAUAGAGACGACGAAGAAGAUGUUAAUUACGAAGAUUACACGGAAAAAAGUAAUGACUCGUUUUUACAAGAUAAAAGUAUGUUUGACGAUGAUGCUGAAGAUGACCCAACCCUGCAGCCUCCUGCUGAAGGAAACUCUAGCAUUGCAAACCAAGAGGUACAAGCAAAGAAAAAGGAAAAGAUUUGGAACUUUGAAAAAGAUUUGUCGGUCUACACCUUGAAAUUGAUAUCAUUAGUCAAUGUUCUGUUAGUUCAAGAUGAUUUGUACAACCGAAUCAAAUUGAACAAGGAUAAAUUGGGAAGUGUGUUUAGCAAGAUAAUCCAACAACAAGAUGAGCAUGCAAACAAUAUCAAAAACCAAGCAGUUGCAAACGAGGAACAGGAUACAGAACAGUCAAGAAUGAGCGAAAAUGUUCAACCCACUCUGGUAGAAGAUAGCAAUGGUAACGAGGUUGUUGAAAGAGACGAAAGCAUUGCUAUUGAAAUUGAUGUUCCAGAGCUGGAACCUAUGAUAGAUGUCGAAACAUCUUCAGCCUCAGUAAAAGUUUAG